UCUCACAGGACCCCAAACUCCCCCUCCCCGAGUCCCUCCCCUCUCUUUCCCCCUCCUCCGUUCCUUUAGUCCACUUCUCCUCCCCCUUAAAUACCGGCUGUGGUCUGCCUCAUGUUGGUCCGACACAGUGCUUGCCGGUUCUCAACGCCGUCGAGCUGGAUCUCGCGGCUUUCACCAGCCACCACCACCAUGCCUCUCCGCGCAAAAGUCACCAACCGAGCCUUCACGGCUUCUGCUACCAAUAUGAAAGGUGUUUCUAAAGGUGCUCCUACCCCCGCACAGGACGACGUUCUAUUCGGCUCUCUCUACGGCGUGCGGCUGAUCGAGCUCAACCGCCCCGAGAAGCUCAAUGCCUUGAACUGGUCGAUGGUCAACAAAAUCACCCCUCGCCUGCAGGAAUACAAGAAGUCUCAGCUCGCCAACGUGAUCAUGGUGGCCGGAGCCGGCCAAAAGGCGAUGUGCGCCGGUGGAGAUGUUGCUAGCCUGGCCGAGCAGAACCGGACGCGUGAGGACGGACCGAAGAGAUCCAGCGAGUUCUUCGCCGAAGAAUACAAGCUCGACCACCUCAUCGCCACCUACACCAAGCCCUUCAUCUCCGUGAUGGACGGCAUCACCAUGGGCGGCGGGGUGGGCCUCAGCGCCCACGCACCGUUCCGCAUUGCCACCGAACGCACCGUCUUCGCCAUGCCCGAGACCAACAUCGGCUUCUUCCCGGACGUGGGCGCCUCGUUCUUCCUGCCCCGGCUGGACGGCGAGCUGGGCACCUACCUGGCUCUGACCUCGGAGCGUCUGAACGGCCCCCAGGUCCUGUUCGCCGGCAUCGCCACGCACUACCUGGACUCGAGCGUGCUCGGCAAUCUGACGCAGCGCCUGUCCGAGCUGGUGUUCCAGGAUUACGCCACGCUGCCGGAGCGCCUGGACCUGGUCAACAGCACCAUUGCAGAGUUCUCGACGGGUCUGCCGGUGUCGACCGAGGUGAAGCUCGGAGGCUCGAAGCGGGAGGCCAUCGACCGCUGCUUCGGCCACAACACGGUUGAAGGGAUCAUCGAGGCGCUGAAGCAGGAGAACACGCCGUGGGCCACGCGGACCCUGGAGACGCUGGCGCAGCGCUCGCCCACCUCCCUCAAGGUCGCACUGCGCCAGAUGCGCGUCGGCAAGAAGUGGUCCAUCGCCGAGGCCUUCCAGCGCGAGGCCCACAUCGCCUCCCAGUUCAUGCGGCACCCCGACUUCAACGAGGGCGUCGGGGCCCUUUUGGUCGACAAGCGUGCCCCCACAUGGCAGCCCGCCUCCCUGGAAGAGGUCACCACCGACAUGGUCGACCGCUUCUUCACGCUCCCCGAGGGCGAAUCCCGCCUCGAGCUGCCGAGCGAGGGCGACUACAACGAAUACCCCCACCACUACGGUCUGCCCACGGAGGCGGCCAUCCGGAUGUUCGUCCGCGGCGCCUCCAGCGCGAAGGAUGACCCGAUCGAGCACUUUGUCGGCCUAACUGGCGACAAGCCGGGUGUGCGCGAGAAGGUGGACGAGGUGCUGAAAAGAAAGGCCCACAAGAGCAGGGACGGCGUCUGGCUCUGGAAGUAAAGAGGAUGGAAUCUGCAACAUGGAGCGAAGAAAGAAGGCACUGAAAAGGGAGUAAUGACGUAGCACCGGUUUGGGAUUGUGUAUAGUUAUAUGUAUGUGAUUGGGAGUUUCUCUUGUUCCGGACUGAAUAUUCAUGUGGGCUGUGUUUGAUACAGUUAGACUUACCUUUUUGGUGAUGUUGGUGUAUAAUUGCGUCUGUGGACUGUAGACCUACAGGGU